UACAAUGGAUUCGCAAACAGCACGCCUACAUCAUUUGGUAGGGUGAUAACAUUUAUCCUUUCCAAGGUUGUGCUCGCAUCCUUUCUCUUUAUAAAGUGUAUUUUGAUAAAGCUGGACCUUUUUUCUUUGUAGCGUUUUGCCCACUUUUAAUCAGCAGUUCAAACUAAAUCACAUAUUUUUUGCACGGUGUUUGCCGCGAAGGCAGUAGGUGUCUAUUUUCACACGAUGUGACAGCCAGCAAACCAUCUACUAUCUGCAAAUUCUACCAAAGAGGCCAGUGUGCAUACGGUUCCCGCUGCAGGUAUGAUCAUGUGAAACCUCCUACAGGGAAGGCUGCUGCCGAGCAUACUGGCAGAAAUGUAGAGGCUAUUGCAGCCCCACAAACCAUGUACAGUGACACUUCAGCCUUGGGAAUCACAGCAGAAUUAGGGAGGCCUGAUAAAAAGCCGCUGGUCCUACGAGACAGAGCCCUCUGUAGCUUGUCUGACGAGAGGAUUCCAUCCUAUAGUGAUGGCCUGUGUUGGAGCUCUGAGGAAGAGUCACUAAACAGCCGACCACUCUCCUACCUAGAGGCCAUCCAGGCAGGACUGGAGAAUUCAGCAAGUAGUAGCAACCUCAGUGACACUCCACAAUUGUGCCCUUAUGCUGCUGCUGGCCAGUGUUACUCCAGGGAAAGCUGUGGUUACGUUCAUGGAGAAGUAUGUGACAUUUGUGGAUUGGAGGUGCUGCAUCCUGCAGAUCCAGAGCAGAGAAGAGAGCAUGAGAAGAUGUGCUUGAUGGCAUUUGAGCAGGACAUGGAACAGGCAUUUGCUGUGCAAACAAGUCAGAACAAAGUGUGCAGCAUCUGCAUGGAGGUGGUAUAUCAGAAAAGUUCAUCUUCGGAACGCCGCUUUGGUAUUCUUUCCAGUUGUUGCCACACCUACUGUCUCAGCUGUAUAAGGCAGUGGAGAUGUGCCAAGCAGUUUGAGAACAAGAUCAUCAAGUCCUGCCCAGAGUGCCGUGUGGUGUCUGAGUUUGUGAUUCCCAGCGCAUAUUGGGUGGAGGAUCAGGAUGAGAAAAACAAACUUAUUGAGGAAUUCAAAAGUGGAGUUGGGUAAGAGCAUCAAAAUGCACAUUUUCUCCAUCGAUUCCCUCCACUUGUAUGAUUCAUCUGAUCAGAGGCUUUCCACUGUUAUUAAAGUUUGUUG